AGCCUGGCCGUGGGAUGUUAGCUGUAGGGGCGAUGGAGGGCACCCGGCAGAGCGCAUUCCUGCUCAGCAGCCCUCCCCUAGCCGCGCUGCACAGCAUGGCCGAGAUGAAGACCCCGCUGUACCCCGCCGCGUACCCCCCGCUGCCCGCCGGCCCCCCUUCCUCCUCGUCGUCGUCCUCGUCCUCCUCGUCGCCCUCCCCGCCCUUGGGCACUCACAACCCCGGGGGCCUGAAGCCCCCGGCCGCCGGGGGGCUCUCGUCCCUGGGCAGCCCCCCGCAGCAGCUGUCGGCCGCCACCCCUCACGGCAUCAACGACAUCCUGAGCCGGCCCUCCAUGCCGGUGGCCUCUGGGGCCGCGCUGCCCUCCGCCUCGCCCUCGGGUUCCUCCUCCUCCUCCGCCUCGUCCGCCUCUGCCUCUUCUGCCUCCGCCGCCGCGGCCGCGGCUGCGGCCGCCGCCGCCGCCGCCUCCUCCCCGGCGGGGCUGCUGGCCGGCCUGCCCCGCUUCAGCAGCCUGAGCCCGCCACCGCCGCCGCCCGGCCUCUAUUUCAGUCCCAGCGCCGCGGCCGUGGCCGCCGUGGGCCGCUACCCCAAGCCGCUGGCCGAGCUGCCCGGCCGGACGCCCAUCUUCUGGCCCGGAGUGAUGCAGAGCCCACCCUGGAGGGACGCGCGCCUGGCCUGCAGCCCUCAUCAAGGGUCCAUUUUGCUGGACAAAGACGGGAAGAGAAAACACACGAGGCCCACGUUCUCUGGUCAGCAGAUCUUCGCCCUGGAGAAGACUUUCGAACAAACGAAAUACUUGGCGGGCCCCGAGAGAGCUCGCUUGGCCUAUUCGCUGGGGAUGACCGAGAGUCAGGUCAAGGUCUGGUUCCAGAACCGCCGGACCAAGUGGAGGAAGAAGCACGCGGCCGAGAUGGCCACCGCCAAGAAGAAGCAGGACUCGGAGACCGAGCGGCUCAAGGGGGCCUCGGAGAACGAGGAGGAGGACGACGACUACAACAAGCCCCUAGACCCCAACUCGGACGACGAGAAGAUCACGCAGUUGCUGAAGAAGCACAAGUCCGGUGGCGGCAGCGCCGGCGGCGGCGGCCUCCUGCUGCACGCGGCCGAGACCGAGGGCUCGUCCUGAGCGCCCGCCGCGCCCGGGGCCCGGCCCCGCGGCCGGCCCCCAGCUAUUUUCUGAGAUGUACAUAUCUAUUUUUUUAACCUGGGAGUUGGGGAGGCGGGGGCUGGGAGUGGAGAGGCUCGGGGUUGAGGCGAAGGCAGAAACAGUGCACCGCGUACAACACCCAACCGAAACCCGAAGCCGGACACCGACCCGCCCUUGGGGUCCCCCGGCCGAGUCCGCGUUGGCGGCCAGCGGCCUCGGCGCCGGGGUCCCCGCCGGCCCCUGGGCUUCGGCCCCGCAGUUCCGCUGGCGGGGGCACGGCUCGGAGCUGCAGCAGGUGCCUCCCGGCGCGCGGGGCCCGGGCGCGCGCUCCCCGCUCUGCUGCCGCGCAGACUACGGUCACCUGUUGAAGGCUCUUUGUAAAUAAAUCGUGAGUCACACUGACUAGAACUUACUUUAUUGUGAAUAUUUAAAAUGUAAAAAAAAGUUUUUUUUUUUUUGGAAUUUGGUAUAAAAAGGUGGGACCUCCUUCUUCCUUCAGCCCCUUCUCCUCCUAAGAGCCGUUCAGACGUUGUCCUUUUAUCUGAGUCUUAAUUGGAGACGCGUAGAAAAAUAUGUCACCGCCCCCUGCCCCCUUCCGCACUUCCUCCUCCCGCCCCUCUUCCCGGUUUGGGGUUUGCGGAGCCUCCCCGGCUCCCUGCGGCCCCCUCGGUCUGCCCCAGGACGUAAGGCAGAGGACGUGGGAACCUGGGAGGGCCUCACACCUGCGUCCCUCUCUGAAAUUGCACAGUCGUUUGUUGCUAUUUAUUAGUGAUUUAAAGAAAGUAUUGGGGGAGGGAGGGGCUACAAUAGCUUGUAUUUAAUUUAACUCCUUUCUGAUACAAAUAUGUGUUAAAGUAGAUGGUGGGGAUUGUUACAACUGCUCUGGGUCGGAAACAUAAAAAUCCACUUAGUUGCUGUAUUGAAUUUGAAGUGUUUUGUAUCAUAAGAUACUAUAGAAUAUGUAAAUUGUUUUCUUUUUUUAAAAGGCUAAUAACAGUGAUAUAUUAGCAUCUUUAACCUUUAUUAAUUUAUAUAAGGAAUUCGGUUUGUAAAGAGAAGAAAAUCCCCUUUGCAAGACCAGUUAAAUGUAAUGCACUUUCUGUUUCAAAGGAUGAAUCAAAUUAAAAACAGUUUGAAGACGUCUGUUGCCUUGAGUGAAAGGGUACAGAUCAUUUGAUCUCAUCAGAGAUCUCAAAUAAUAAAAGACCACAAAAAUGUUA